AUGCUUUCUUACACUUUUGUCUUGAUUACUUGCUUGGUUUCCACCAUUACAGCUUUACCAUACACUCCUGCUCGUAGCCUUCAAAAACGCAGCGCUUUGCCCAACUUUAAACUGUAUUCCCCAACUGUGGAAGACAUCAGGCUUCAUCGUCGUGCACCUAGAUUCAGACCACUCGGCCAGUGGGCUAAUAGUGACGGUAGCGGUAUCAUUUAA